AUGAAAGUUAGCGCUAUCUAUCUAUCUAUCUAUCUAUCUAUCUAUCUAUCUCGGUCUAUUCAUAUAUAUAUAUUUUUGAAACAUGUGUAUCUUUCUUAUACUUUUACAGCGAUUUUUCUUUUUUAUUUUCUUUUUUUUUUAUCAUUUUAUCCUGUUAUUUUUUAUGUUUUUAUCUAUUAUCUUUUUUAUUUCAUUUUUCACCUUAUCGACUUUUCUUUCUUUCUUUCUUUCUUUGACUUUAUUCAUAUGUUUUUCUUUUUAAUUCAUUUGACACCUUUUCUUUCUGUCACUUUAUCUUUUGAUAUUGUUUGGAUUUCAAUCCCUCAUUCUUCCUCUUCACGACAUUUAUUUUUCUUUCUUCUUCCUCUCAAUAUUUCUUUUGAUAUCCUUUAUUUUACUGUCUUUUUUUUCUUUCUUUUUUUCUUUCUUUCCUUCUUGUUGACAUCGCAUAAUUCUUUCUUUCUUUUUUUCGUUUCUUUCUUCGUUUUUCCCUACGUCCUUUGUCGCCAUAUUUAUUCUGUUCCUUUCUAUAUUUCUUUCUUUCGUUUCUUUCUCUUUUAUUUCAUCCUUUUUUCAUUUUACAUUUCAUUUAUCUAUCUAUCUAUCUAG